AUGGCGACCCUAGCACCCAACUCAAAGAAGCACAAAGUCUGCAUCGUCGGCUCAGGCAACUGGGGUACUACAAUAGCAAAAGUCGUAGCCGAGAACACAGCCCAGCAUGCGGAUCUCUUCGAGCAGGAAGUGCAAAUGUGGGUGUUUCAGGAGCAGUACCAGAUCCCGAAGGACAGCAAACACUUCGACGAGAAGAACGACAAGGGACCGCAGAAGUUGACCGAACUGAUCAAUGGGUUACACGAGAAUGUGAAGUACCUACCCGGCAUCCCACUCCCCAAGAACAUCGUCGCCAACCCCGAUCUCGUAGACGCAGUCAAGGAUGCCACCAUCCUCGUCUUCAACCUACCCCACCAGUUCAUCGCCAAGACAUGCGAACAACUCCAAGGCAAAAUCGUGCCUUACGCGAGAGGAAUCUCCUGUAUCAAAGGCGUCGCGGUCUCGGAGUCAGGCUGUGAGUUAUUCUCCGAUAGCAUCGGGCAGAAAUUGGGAAUCUACUGUGGUGCGCUCAGCGGAGCGAAUAUUGCUACGGAAGUGGCGCAGGAGAAGUUCUCGGAGACGACGGUGGCGUAUGCGCCUCCUUCGCAGGAUUCACAGCAACCUACGCCGGCUGGGACGCCGGGCGCGAGUCCCAAGGGCUCGCAAUUGGAUCUCACGAAACUUAAUGAUGGGGUGAAAGGGGCGAAGAGCUCGGGGAAGGUGAAUCUGACGCCUCUGCCGAGCGAGUAUCCUUCACUGCACCAUGCCAACGUGAAGAAGCUCUUCCACCGCCCUUACUUCCACGUCCAUCUCGUGAAUGACGUUGUAGGCGUCUCACUCGGCGGCGCCCUGAAGAACAUCGUAGCCCUCGGUGCCGGAUUCGUAGACGGUCUAGGCUGGGGCGACAACGCCAAAGCCGCCGUUAUGCGAGUAGGUAUUAUGGAAGAAGUGAAGUUCGGCAAGACGUUCUUCGGCGAUAGCGUCCAGACUGAGACAUUCACGGAGCAGAGUUGUGGCGUUGCGGAUCUGAUUACGAGCUGUAGUGGAGGCAGGAACUUCAGGUGUGCGAAGAUGUCGGUGAAGGAGGGCAAGCCGAUUGGGGAGAUUGAGGAGAGGGAGUUGAAUGGGCAGAAGUUGCAGGGGACUUCGACGGCGUAUGAGGUCAAUUCUUUCUUGAGGAAGGUGGGGAAGGAGAAGGAGUUUCCGCUUUUUACGGCUGUGUAUUUGAUUUUGGAGGGGAAGCAUAAGCCGGAGGAGAUUCCGGCGCUGUUGAAUGCUGAUGCUUGA